AUGCCCAUGGUCCCAUCUUGGUCGCCUCCCAAUGACUCGGAAUUCAAUAUCAACAACUGCACGGCAGCAGGUGCAUUCAUUGCAAAUUACUACGUUGCCCCGAACAUUUCAGAUAUGCGUGUUGAUGUCGUGUUGCCAUUCCUUCGUUCACUAGAUCCGUCGGACUGGUCGGGCCCCGAGCCUCAGAAUUGGACACUUCUGCAGUGGUGGGAGUCGCAAGAACACUCGGAUGCCCUUCAAUUUAUUCGCCAUGUCAGACGUCUGUUCUCAUCCCGAUGCCAUCGAGCAGACUACUGCAAGUUUCUUCCGCUCGAAGGCGAUCCAGACUUAGCAGGCAUUGGCAUGAUGAUCUCUUACUACCUUGUCGCUGCUCUGGCUACCGCAUAUGUCAUCAUCAUCAGUCUGAACUCCAUCAAGGCCCUCGAAGAAUCCACGCCUUGGGGAAAGCCCCACAAGUUAUUCGAGCAAACGAUGAACUUAUUUCUCGACGCCUCGCUGCUAUUCUCUAUCUCCAUACUGUUAGCCGCCAUAUGUCGCUUCAUUUCAGCUUCUGAACACCCUGACCGCAAGGACAACACGUUCUUCUACUCUCUGGUCAACGCGACCACUAUACCCAUAUUCUCAGUGUUUCCCCCACUGAUGCUACACUUCCCAGCACGAAAGGAAAGACGCAACGGUCUACGCGCAAUAAUGUGGUUCUUUGUCAUCGGUUUUGCCACCACACUUACCGUGUUGUCCAAAACGUAUUGGGGGGACGAUGCUCAUGCGAUUGAUGAGUACGAAAAUAAUCCCGACGAGGUUUGA